ACAUAAACAUGAGGAUACCGUCACCUUAGGGCGCAGCGCAGUAACUUUGCUUAACUCUUUGCACUGUACCCACGAGAGUCAACUAGUGCCAUUCGGACCUGUAUGGCCCCAUCGAUCGCCAUGUCAGCUUUAACCGCUGCUUUGAAAACCGAAGAGCUUCCCCCCCGCUCAGUGCUCGUCAGCCGGGUCGAGAUGCAGACCAGCCUGAGUCCCGUGGAGGAGCCCGUGAAGCCCAAAGUAGCUAUUUUGCCCUUCAGCGUCGAGGCGUUGAUGGCCGAUAGGAAACCCAGCAGAGAGGUGGUAUCACCGGAUGCCCUGUCCGUUCCCGGGACGUCACAUGUGCUGGGGAAGGGCAUUAGGAUGGGCUCGUUCGGUAGUCUGGAUACUCCUGCUUUACCCAUGAGCUCCCCGUUUUCGGUGGGCGACAUCAUGAACAUGUCUGACGACGUGUUGAUAAAACCCGAGAGCCCGGACAGUAACGAGAGAAAUUCAUGGCUACAGAGUCCCCGUUUUUCUCCGACGCCUCCACGAAGGCUGAGUCCUCCUGCGUGUCCCCUGCGUAAACACAAGACGAACAGAAAGCCCCGGACCCCCUUCACCACGUCCCAGCUGCUGGCUCUGGAGAGGAAGUUCCGGCAGAAGCAGUACCUUUCCAUCGCCGAGCGCGCAGAGUUCUCCAGCUCCCUUAACCUGACGGAAACACAGGUGAAAAUCUGGUUUCAGAACAGGAGGGCCAAAGCCAAGCGGCUGCAGGAGGCAGAACUUGAAAAAUUGAAAAUGGCAGCUAAACCUAUGCUGCCUCCAGCUUUCGGGAUUUCCUUUCCUCUCGGUGCGCACCCCGCGUCCUAUGGCUCGCACCCGUUCCACAGGCACUCGCUGCCGGUUUCCCCCAUGGGACUGUACGCCGCGCACGUCGGAUACAGUAUGUACCACCUCGCUUGAAAUGGAUGAAGGACAAGGGGAAAGUGCAGUGGGACAAAAGGGGGUUUAGACUACUUUCUGAGGGCUCCGAGCAAGAAGAGGGGCCCGAGGACAGGUGACUUUUUACUAAAUAAAGAGGCAUCCUGGCGGUGAGCUCAGUGUCAAGUCCUGUCAGGGGGCCAAGACCUCCAAACUGACCCCCUUCUGAGGAGCUUGACGUUUAUCCCUUCUCUUGACCUCGCCAGUAAGUUCACACACUGCAAAAAUAAUCCAACUUUAUUAGUCACUUAAUUUUGAGUCUUAAAUCUGUUUUUUGUCAGUUUACUUAAUUAUAAUGCCAAUCAAUAGAUAUCUUAUUUCAGAAAGUAAUCUGAGAGUGAGACCAAAUGACUUUAAGGUGGAAAUGUUUGCGUUGAAGAAGUGGACAACAUUGCAGUAGGUGAAGUGUGGACAGUAAAGUAUGGACAGUCUCUGUGCUACAAUGUGUGAAAGAUAGCCCCAUCAUACCGUCAGGUAGAAGGGCUAUUAAACCAGCUUCUAUGAGUAAGUGGGACUCCGCUCAGCAUGACAUUUUGCCCCAACAAACUUAUUUUAGGAUUUCCUCAGUGGUCUGCUGUCACACUGCAAAAAAACAAACACUUUCGUAUCAAUGCGUAAUGCUCUUUGGAGAACCCCAGCAUUUGUUUUUAUAACAACACUGUCUGUUGUUGGAAUGAUUCCCUUCGGAAGGGAUAUGUGUACUGUAAAAUAUUGUAUAUAUUUGAAGAAUAUCCUCAUUUAUAUUAUGAAUAUAUUUGUGACAUAACUUAACAAUAAAUUGUUUAUUCUUUUUCA